UCCUCUCUGUUCGUAGAUCGUCAUUCGCUCUUGUCUCGCUUCUCGUGCGGCGAUGCUGCGCCUCAGUCCACGCACUACACAUCCAUCUUAGCUAGGCGGCCGCGUUUACUGCGCCUAGAGGCAACAGCAAUUCAUGUUUUGGUUGGAUGAGAUUGCGUAGGCUUAAGAGAAUGCGAGAUGGACGGAAUUGGGAUAAUACAGCGAGGAAGGACAUAUAAGCUUGGGAGGUGCCUGGUUGAGUAUAUCAGAACAAUACAAUCAACGAAACCUCCAAUUCUCAUAAACUUACUUUCACUCACAUCACAUUUGUAUAACUCGUAUCAUCUUCACAAUGACCCUUUACUCUACAUCCAACAAGUCUAUUGAGAACGUUGAUCCUCUCAAGCAAGCUGAGCAGCCUCCGUCUUAUUCCAUCCAGCCGGAUCGCACAGAGUACCAACAACCUCAACCUCAAGAUCGAAAUGCUUCUUCUACAGCCAGGCCAACUGCCGGCGAGCGGUUUCACAAGAUCAGCUCCAAGGCUGGUUCGCCAUUGAACAAGGUCGCCAACUUGUUUGGUGCCGAGGGAUGGUGGCCUUCUACAAUGGACAAGGAGUGCAGCAAGGCUGCUCGAAUUCUUCACUCUUUCACCAGCCUCAACUCGUCUACAUCGCCCACAGAAAAAGGCCCCCUCCACCCUACCGGACUUACACGCAAGUCGAUGGUCAAAAUCCCCCCUUCUGUCCUCCAAAGCGCAGCCGGCCUAGCCAUCUUCAACGUCAUCCGUGCCGGCGCCUGCCAUAACUCACUCUCCGGUGGCUCCGGUAUAGUCAUCGCGCGACGUUCAGAUGGUACUUGGUCUCCUCCGUCUUCCUUCGUUGUAAGCAGUCUCGGUGCAGGAUUUGUCUUUGGGCUUGAUGUCUACGAUUGCGUUUGUGUUCUCAACACUCAGGAGCAAGUCGCCGCAUUCACAAAGCCUCGCGUUUCAUUCGGUGCAGAGGGAUCAGUUGCUCUAGGACCCAUCGGGACAGGUGGUAGUGUUGAGGCUGCUCUUAGCAAGACCGCUCGACCUGUAUGGAGCUACAUGAAGAGCCGCGGUUUGUGGAUGGGUGUUCAGAUCGACGGCACUAUCGUCGUGACUCGAGGCGACGCCAAUGCUACUUUCUACAAUGAACGUGGGAUCACAGCAAAGAAGAUCCUGUGUGGCGACGUUGCUUGGCCAAUGGCUGCUAAGCCUCUUUUCGAGGUCCUCCAGGCUCUUGAGGGUCGGACUGAUUAUGACCGGACUGUUGUGCAAGCAGUUGGCCAGGUCCCUCCUCCUGGCGAUAGUAUCUUGUCUGAGAAGCAGGAGAGAUACACUGAUGAGCCCCAGGUGCAAGAGACUCGAGAGCAAACACCGCCUGAGGUUGCUUCUCGUGAUGUCAAGGAGGAGCUUCCCGAUUAUGAGAUUGUGAAAAAGGACGAGGAGGAAAAGAUUGUGGACGAUGAGAAGGCCAGGCUUGCUGCAUCAGGAUACUAGUUUUGGGGGUCUUGCGCGUUUGCUUACUGGGCGUUGUUUUAUGUCAAUCUUAGCCUAGGUCUUAGUCUUCUUAUCCCUAGGUCGUGUAAUAGUUCUCCGAAGCAUUUGAUCAUAAUAUUCUCAUUUAACCCGAUAUGUAUAAAGAGAUUACGUAGUUGGGAUUGUCU